AUGUCUUCGGAUUCAAUAUUAUCAAUUAAUGAAGCUUCAACGGUUCACGAUCUCAACUAUUAUGUAAAUAUAAUUAGUAGAUAUUUGAGUCCUGCAACAGCUAUUCCCUCAGAAGGUAGUGAACUAACUAGUGACGAAAGGCUACAAUAUGCUAUAAAAUAUUACCUUGAAGCAUGUGAACUUUUUCCUAGUUCUUAUGAUAUAAAGUUCCUGGGACAUAAAAUCGCAAUCAGGGAAGGUAAUAUGACUCAAGCGACGAUUCAAUUUGAUGAAUUACGGACGCUCCACCCUGAUCAUGAACCGUUAAAAGAAUAUCUUGUCGAGAUAACAAAUUCCGUACGCCUUCGGACUAUGGAUGAUAAUUUCACAUUUUUCUUGCGACUUCCAGCUCGAACUCAAAAAGAACUAAUAAUAAAUAGUGCUGUGUGGCAUGAAAAGACAAAUAAUUUAUUAGAUGCUUGUGAAUUAUAUGCCUUGCUAUUAAAAGCAUAUCCAGAUACCAUUACUUAUUAUGGG